UGUUGGGAUCAACAAAAAGCAAAUUGAUGUGACUAGUCAGACUAGUCUACUUUGCACAAUUUUAGAAUGCCGGAUGACUAUAAUCCAGAAGCGUUGCCGGAUUUAUUGCCACUGUAUUAUAAAAGACUAUUUCCAUAUGGUCCAUACUUCAAAUGGUUAAAUUAUGGAGGAGUGCCAAAACAUUACUUCAGUCACAGAGAGUUCUCUUUUACACUCAAAGAUGAUGUUUACAUUAGAUACCUUUCAUUUACUGACCAACAAGACUUUGAGAAAGAACUUCAGAAGAAAUGUCCUCAUAAAAUAGAUUUAGGAGCAGUUUAUUCCCAUAGGCCAAAAGAUCAGAAAACCAUCAAGUCAACAGCUUUUUUAGCCCAAGAGAAGGAACUUGUGUUUGAUAUUGACAUGACAGAUUAUGAUGAUGUCCGUUUUUGCUGUUCUGGGGCAGAUAUUUGCAGAAACUGUUGGCCACUAAUGAUUAUGGCAGUUAAAAUAUUAGACAGAGCUCUAAGAGAGGAUUUUGGUUUUCAACAUAUUCUGUGGGUCUACUCUGGACGUAGAGGAAUUCACUGUUGGGUGUGUGAUGAAACAGCCCGCACUUUGACAGCCCAGGGGAGGUCAGCCAUUGCUGAAUAUCUAACACUUGUGAAGGGCGGUGAAACUGUGUCACGUAAAGUGAUUUUACCAGACAAACUCCACCCCUCAAUAAGGCAUGCUGUAGAUAUCAUAUCCAAAUAUUUUCUUGAAUACAUUGUCAAGAAACAAGACCUUUUAGGUGAUGAAGAGAAAUGGAAAAAAGUGAUUGCAAUGAUCCCAUAUGACCAAUUAAAGAGCGUCUUGGCAGAAGACUUUGUCACAGUGGGAACCAACACAUCAACAAGAUGGGCUAUCAUCAAGCAACGAUUACAAAAUGCAAAAGAAAAACUGGAUCUGUACAAAUACCCAUAUGUUAAAGAAGAAAUCAUGCUACAGCUUUGCUACCCAAGGUUGGAUAUUAAUGUCAGUAAAGGAUUGAACCACUUGCUGAAAAGUCCAUUUUGCAUUCAUCCUAAAACAGGACGUGUCUGUGUACCUAUGGAUCCAGAAAAAAUUGAUGACUUUGACCCUGAGCAAGUCCCAACUGUCAGUGGACUACUGGAAGAGUUGGACAAAGUUGAUCUUGUUGAGGAUGAUCAAGGGAAGAAAUUUAGAGACUAUAAAAAAACGAGCUUAGGGCGGUACUUGGAUAUAUUUGACUCUUUCCUUAAAGGCUUGGAGAGUUCACGUAAAGGAAAGCUGAUAGAACAAAGUGAUAUGAAGAUGGAAUUCUGAAGAUAGUUGAAAGUGGAUUUUAAUGAGCAAAGUUUUAUUUCCAGAAUUGAUAGGUGCUAUAUCAAAACUGAAGUCCAUGCACUUGAGCAACUAUUGUAGAUAUGAAGAUACCGGUAUGUUUAUGUGCAAACUAGUUUAAGUUUUGAUUGUUACAAGCUUUGGAAAUAUGUUCAUUUUAAAAUUGUAAGAAACAUGUUCUUUCUAACAAUCUUUCAAAUGUAAACAUAUUUCUAUACAUCUUAUAAUGUCGAAAACUCUUGUAUGGGUGAAUAUGUUAGGUAUAAAAGUAAAUGAACUUUUUUUGGUUUUUAUUUAGAUGAUAGUUUCUGAUACUAUCUUUCAUUACAGUUCUUUAUUUAUUUAAAAGCUUCCAUUUGAAACAAUAUUUUAAAGUGUUUUUUUUUUUAAAUUAUUGUUAUAUUUCUUAGACAUUAUCACAACUUUCUUGAAAUCUUCUUGUUAUAAUGAAAUUUACAUCUCCUUAACAGCAGAGGCUCAUAUAAAAUAUUUUUAAAAUUUACUAGUUUACUUGUUUUCUUGCUGCAGAAAGUCAUGUGUGAAAGUUGUGUUUAGGUUUCAUGUCUUGCUGUAGAAAGUCAUGUGUGAAAGUUGUGUUUAGGUUUCAUUUCUUGCUGUAGAAAGUCAUGUGUGAAAGUUGUGUUUAGGUUUCAUGUCUUGCUGCAGAAAGUCAUGUGUGAAAGUUGUGUUUAGGUUUCAUGUCUUGCUGUAUAAAGUUAUGUGUGAAAGUUGUGUUUAGGUUUCAUGUCUUGCUGUAGAAAGUCAUGUGAAAAUUGUUUGUUGUAUUUAUCUUUGUUACAUGUAAAUAAACUUUAAAUGUUGAAUAAAAAAGUCUGUUUUUGA